CGCUAAUAUAUGGUUCAGGUUGUUAGUUCAGCUCGUUGCAUAUAUGUUUAUGUUAUAUGCCUAGAACAUCUUUGAGUUGUUGCCUCGUUACUAAGUUACCUCGUUACUAAUAUACCUCGUUACUAAGUUACCUCGUUACUAAGUUACCUCGUUACUAAGUUACUAAGUUACCUCGUUCCUUUUUUAGGUUAACAUGGCAAAAAAAAUAAACCUCUCCAACAUGGUGAUUACAUGCGAGUGGUCAUCGUGCACAUUUAAGGGCCACAGUAUGGAGGAGCUGAGUGAUCACAUGUCUGUACAUUUGAAGGAGCAUCUUGGGGAUGGAGACACCAUGGAAGAGCUGGAUGAUUAUCAGUGUUUGUGGCAGGGCUGUGAGUUCCUUGCUAUGGGAAGUCCUAAUGAGCUCAUUGCCCAUGCACACUUCCAUAACUUCCACAGCAAACUGAAGUUCAUCGGGACUCAACUGCUCCAGUCCCAUCCUGAGCUUCCGAGCUGCUCUCAGGAUCUGCACAGCAACAACCUGGUCACAGACAUCUCUGAAGGCUUCGUGUGUCAGUGGGAACACUGUGAUAGUUCUUUUAACAAUCCCGAGUGGUUUUAUCGCCAUGUGGACAUGCAUGCUCACUGCACGGAGUUACAGCCGCUUCCCGAUCAACAGCAGGCUCUCUUCUGCAGCUGGAAAGGCUGUGACGCCUUCUUUAAGAUCAAGUAUCGGCUGCGCGAGCACCUACGCAGUCACACUCAGGAGCGUCUGGUGGCCUGUCCAACCUGUGGCUGCAUGUUCUCCAGCAACACCAAGUUCUUUGAUCACAUUCAAAGACAAGCUGAGCCAGAGGAUUCUCUUACGUGUGCCCAUUGCGAUAAAGGCUUUGCUAAUGAAAGACUGCUGAGAGACCACGUACGGCAGCACGUGAAUCACAUAAAAUGCCCACUCUGUGACAUGACGUGUACAUCCCUCUCUACCCUGAAGAUCCACAUCAAAUUUCGCCAUUGUGACGAGCGCCCUUUCCCCUGUGACUUCUGUGAGAGCAGCUUCAAGAAUCAGCAUGAUCUGAGGAAGCACAUGGAGACCCACAACGAAGGAGCGGCGUACCACUGCACGGUAGAGGGAUGCGGGUACUCUUCUCGCAUGGCUCACACCAUGAAACAGCAUUAUAAAAGAGUACACGAGCAGGGGAACAUGGUGUCCAGGUAUAAAUGUCAUCUGUGUGACAAGAACUUUUCAUGGUGUUACACUCUGACCCUUCACUUGAGAAAGAAACAUCAGCUCAAAUGGCCAUCAGGACAUUCCCGCUUCAGGUAUAAAGAAGAUGAGGACGGCUACCUGCGCCUGAACAUGGUGCGCUUUGAGACUGUUGAGGUAACAGAAGAGCUAAUAAAGAACAUGGCAGAAAAACGCACACCUCGCAAGCUCUCGGGCUCGACUUCUCAGACUAAGAGACCAGCGCUACAGGCAGAAAGCAUGAACGAUGUUCCAACACAGUCUUCCUACCCCUCGUCUUCAUCCUCCUCCUCUUCCAUGACGGUGCUUAUGAACGACAACGACAGUGCGGUAAAGGACAGAGCACCAGUGUACUGUAUAUUGAGCACAGUGACGGAGAUGAACAGGGAUCAAGAGAACACGUCAGACUCAGGGAUGGAGUCAGGGGCAGUGAGAGCUCUGGCGGCUGUAGCUCGAGGGCUGGGUAUGGAUGUAGUGUGAGGAGAUGUUACAUCCACAAAUCACUGCAAACCACCAUUACUGUUGUACUGCAUCUAAUUUAGUCUUACACAAGCAAAGCAAAAUAUUUGGGUUUUCUUAGCAGGUUAGCAACUUUAGGCUAUUUAAAAGUUCCUCUUUAAAUCGUUACAAUUGAUUUUAUUAUAAUAAAUUACUUUUUCCACUUGGGAAUUUUUGUUUCUAAUGCUGAUUGUAGAUUCAGAUUGUUGACAUCCAUCUGCUUUUUAAAUUGUUUUGCAGUUGUUUUAGAUGACGCGUUGUAUUUAUGGGUUUUUACAGUGUUUAUAAUAGUUUUGAAAAAAAAAAAUUGAACAUGUAGUCGGUUUACAUUAGCUGACAACACUAUUUAUUUAUAUUUAUUUUGUAUUGUAAAUGUUGCACC